AUGAAUAGAAUCUUGUCUGUUACAUUAUGUUUGUUUUUUAUAUAUUUAUAUAUAUAUAAAACAUAUGGAAAAGUUAAAAAUACAGAUGAAGGAUUAUCAAAUAUCUAUGGAGCAAAAUAUUAUUUAAGAAGCGGAUUAUUUAAUGAAAAAAAUGGUAAAGGACAAAAAUAUGAAGAUUUAGAAGAAGAAAAAGAAGGCGAAAAUGACGACGAAGAGGAUUCAAAUAGUGAAGAAUCCAAUAAUGAUGAAGAAAAUGAACUAAUAAAAGGUCAAGAAGGUGUUGAACAAGAAACUCACGGAUCAGAAGAUGAAGUAAGUAAUGGACGAGAAGAUAAAGUAAGUAAUGGAGGAGAAGAUGAAGUAAGUAAUGGAGGAGAAGAUGAAGUAAGUAAUGGACGAGAAGAUAAAGUAAGUAAUGGAGGAGAAGAUGAAGUAAGUAAUGGACGAGAAGAUAAAGUAAGUAAUGGAGGAGAAGAUGAAGUAAGUAAUGGACGAGAAGAUAAAGUAAGUAAUGGAGGAGAAGAUGAAGUAAGUAAUGGACGAGAAGAUAAAGUAAGUAAUGGAGGAGAAGAUGAAGUAAGUAAUGGACGAGAAGAUAAAGUAAGUAAUGGACGAGAAGAUAAAGUAAGUAAUGGAGGAGAAGAUGAAGUAAGUAAUGGACGAGAAGAUAAAGUAAGUAAUGGACGAGAAGAUAAAGUAAGUAAUGGAGGAGAAGAUGAAGUAAGUAAUGGACGAGAAGAUAAAGUAAGUAAUGGAGGAGAAGAUGAAGUAAGUAAUGGACGAGAAGAUAAAGUAAGUAAUGGAGGAGAAGAUGAAGUAAGUAAUGGACGAGAAGAUAAAGUAAGUAAUGGACGAGAAGAUGAAGUAAGUAAUGGACGAGAAGAUAAAGUAAGUAAUGGAGGAGAAGAUGAAGUAAGUAAUGGACGAGAAGAUAAAGUAAGUAAUGGAGGAGAAGAUGAAGUAAGUAAUGGACGAGAAGAUAAAGUAAGUAAUGGACGAGAAGAUAAAGUAAGUAAUGGAGGAGAAGAUGAAGUAAGUAAUGGACGAGAAGAUAAAGUAAGUAAUGGAGGAGAAGAUGAAGUAAGUAAUGGACGAGAAGAUAAAGUAAGUAAUGGACGAGAAGAUAAAGUAAGUAAUGGACGAGAAGAUGAAGUAAGUAAUGGACGAGAAGAUAAAGUAAGUAAUGGAGGAGAAGAUGAAGUAAGUAAUGGACGAGAAGAUAAAGUAAGUAAUGGACGAGAAGAUAAAGUAAGUAAUGGAGGAGAAGAUGAAGUAAGUAAUGGACGAGAAGAUAAAGUAAGUAAUGGAGGAGAAGAUGAAGUAAGUAAUGGACGAGAAGAUAAAGUAAGUAAUGGACGAGAAGAUAAAGUAAGUAAUGGACGAGAAGAUAAAGUAAGUAAUGGAGGAGAAGAUGAAGUAAGUAAUGGAGGAGAAGAUGAAGUAAGUAAUGGACGAGAAGAUAAAGUAAGUAAUGGAGGAGAAGAUGAAGUAAGUAAUGGACGAGAAGAUAAAGUAAGUAAUGGAGGAGAAGAUGAAGUAAGUAAUGGACGAGAAGAUAAAGUAAGUAAUGGAGGAGAAGAUGAAGUAAGUAAUGGACGAGAAGAUAAAGUAAGUAAUGGACGAGAAGAUGAAGUAAGUAAUGGACGAGAAGAUAAAGGAGGAGCUGGAACGGAUGGAGAACUUUCACAUAAUAGCGAAAGUCAUACUAAAAACAAAAAAUCAAAGAAUAGUAUAAUUAAUAUGUUAAUUGGAAUGUGA